UCAUCGGGACAGAAGUGAUGUCGUGAUGUUGACGUCUGUCACCGUUUGCUCUGCGGCGUCUUUUCUCUCUCUCUGCUAUCGAUAUGGCGAUUUCCACGUGUCAGAAGAUCACCUUCGUCUCCUGCCUCGUCCUCUGCAUGUCUUUAUUCCUGCCCAGGUUAUUUUUACCCAGAGUGAAGAAAGAAGCAGUGCGGUCGGAUGUUGGACCAGGGCAUUUACCUCCAUCACGACACAUCCAUUCUCUGUCUGAAGAUCAUGAUCACUGGGACACAGACUCUCAUUACAUCAAGCAUUACAGCCCAGAUGCCAUUGCCAGUUUCAAAGGUGUUAAAAAGCCCAAUCUUCUGGGUCAGGUCAUCCCUGUUUAUGGCUUCGGGAUCUUCCUUUACAUCAUUUACCUGUUCGUCAAGCUGACCUCUAAGGACAAACCUCAUCGACAGGGCUGCAGAUUCCCUUUGCUGCAGUCACAAUACACAUUUGAAGAGAUGCCUACUUGUCAGUUGGUGCAGCUGCAGGCCAGAAUGAGUGAAAAGGCCAGAGAAAAGAGGAUAUCUAAAGUUGUCCACCCGUCUGCCAGGUCACGUCGAAGCACACGGAGGCGAGAGGAGAGGAAGCUGAAGCAGUUGAAGGAGAUCACUCAGAUGAUGCGGGAGAGACAACUGCGAGAGGGAGCGACACCGGAGGAAGAGGCUGAGGAGGCCCCUUACAAUGCCGACUGGGAAGGCUAUCCAGACGAGACCUACCCCGAAUACAAAAUCCCCUCCCGCAGACGCAGAUAUCCCAGUGUUAUACUGGAAGAACCAGACCAAGUCAUACUCACAGCUGAGGAACUUGCUGAGAGAAUGGAGAAAGAAGAAGAAGUAGAGGAGGAGGAGACUGCUGAUGACACGUGCGCCAAUGAGGAACUAAACCUGGAGGAUAAUGAAGAGGAUGAGGAAGAUGAAGAGGAAGAAGAAGAAGAGGAAGAUGAAGAGGAAGACAUCGGAGAGGACCAGCCCUGCCUUCCUAAAAGUUUUGAUGAAGAUGAUGACGGGCUCGAGUAUUCAGAUGAAAGAGAAGAGAAACAAAGCAGGAGGAGACGACAAAUCACCUUCAGCGAUCACAGACAUGUCUUCCAUUAUCCAAAGGGGGGCGCUGUUGGCUGCAUGUAUGAGAAAGAGGAAGAAGAAGAACAUGAAGGAGAAGAAGAGGAUGAGGAAAAUCAAGAGGAUGAAAAUGGAGAAAGUGAAGACCGUGAGGAAGAAGAUGAAGAAGAAGAGGACGAGGAGGAGGAGGAGGAAGAGGAGGAAGAGCAACAUGAUGAAGAAGGACAGGGAGAGACAGAAGAGAAGGAAGAGGAGGAUCCGCUGAUGGAGGCAGAAAGCCUGGGAUUUAAUGAUGAUGUAGAAUGCGAUCCUGACGAACAGGAAGUAGACCUGAUUGACUUCCUGCAAACGUAUCAACCUGAGGUAACCGUCAUCUCAGAUAAAUCAGAGUCUUCCAAAGGUCAAGCCUCUGGGACUCUUAGGAUGCGUCACAAGAAAGAAAAGGUGAAGAAGUGA